AUGUCGUCUACAGUCAUUCUAGAUAAUGGAUCUUUCAACAUUAAGGUCGGAUACAACACAGCAGAUGUCAAAGACAUAAAGAAAGUUCAAAAUACAAUUUGCAGAACUAAAGACAAGAAAUUAUUAAUCUCCAAUCAAAUACACAAUGUUAAUGAUAUCAGUGGGAUAACUUUCAAAAGACCAAUUGAAAAAGGGAAUUUAGUUAGUUGGGAAGUUGAAAAACAAAUCUGGGAUUAUGCGUUCACUUCAAGAGAUGUUGACUUAGACGUUGACCCCAGUGAUACCCAUUUGAUAUUAGGUGAAACUCCAUUUACAUUACCACAAUUGUCAAUUAAUACAGAUCAGAUAAUAUUUGAAGAGUAUGGAUUCCAGUCUUUAUACAGAAACCCUAUGGCUGGCUUCAUACCGUGGAAUUAUGGAAAGAAUGAAACUUUAUAUGAACCCAAAAUAGAGAAUGAUAUAUCGGGUAUUAAAAAUUAUGCUGAUUUCCAAUUAGUUAUAGAUUCAGGAUUUAAUGCAACUUGGAUAAUACCAAUAAUUAGAGGUGUUGUUUACUGGAGAGGUGUGAGGAAGUUUGAGAUAGGGGGUAGAUUUCUCUCGGGGGUUCUUCGAGAAUAUGUUUCAUUUAGACACUAUAACGUUACUGAUGAAACUAUUUUGGUCAAUAACAUCAAAGAAAAAUCCUGUUUUGUUAGUUUGGAUUAUAAUGAAUCACUAAAGAUGAUUAAGCAAAACAAAAAUAAUAAAGACCACAUUAUCGAAUAUGUUUUACCAGAUUUCAAUACAACAACUCAAGGGUAUGUCCUUACACCAGAAUUGAAACAAAAAUACAAACCACAAGAACAACAAAUUUUGAGACUAUAUGAUGAAAGGUUCUCAGUGCCUGAAACGAUAUUCCAUCCUGAGAUUGUCAAUGUUAACAAUAAACCAGGCUUAGUGGAGACGAUAAUGGAUAGUAUUUAUACGUUACCAGAAUUGAUUAGACCAUUGAUUGUCUCAAAUAUUAUCGUCAUUGGUGGGAAUUUCGAGAUGGAAAACUUUGAGAAAAGGUUAUCAAAUGAAUUGAAAAUUGUUUUACCUGUUGAAUGGGAUGUUAGAAUUGGUAAACCAUCAAAUCCUACAACUUAUGGUUGGGAAUCUGCCAAAGUUUUCAGUGAGAAUGAAUCAUAUAGAAAUGUAAGAGUCUCUAAACAAGAUUAUGAAGAGCACGGUUCACAGUGGUGUCAACAAAGGUUUGGAUUUCAAUUAUGA